UAUCGCUGGAUAACAGAGGGGAUGCGCCGAGGAACUUAAAGCUUUAACAUUAUUGUGAAAUAAAACUCCUGGUGGCUCAGAAAUCGAUUAUGAGACAAAUGCCCACUAAGUAGAGGAGAAGCAGGAUCCGACAUUCAGUACAAGACUCGUCUUGAAACUUGCAGGACUAUUAAAGUCACUUUCACCUCCUGACAGACUGUAACAUCCCAUCAUGCCAUUGAUUGUGGUCCCUACUUCCCAGUUGUUCAGGAUGCGAGUAGCUGCCCUGUUAUUCACCUGUGUGGCAUUCAGCGCCGCUGCACAUGGAGCUUAUCUGCCCAUCACAGUCAUGGCUGACUGGUGCAUCUUCUGCUGGGCGUUCAGCUUCGCUUGCACUCUGCUGGUCCUGCUGGUAGAGUUGUUCGGCCUCCAGGCCCGGGUGCCAGUGUCCUGGUCCAACUUCCCCAUCACUGUCGCCUGCUAUGCUGCGCUCCUCUGCCUUUCAGCAUCCAUCAUCUUCCCAGUUAUCAUGUAUUUGUCCGCCACCAUCCUCUGGCCUGUGUUCCAGUUUAACAAGAGUUACGGGAGAAACGAUGACCCAGAAACAAUCACUGCAUCUGUAAUCACUGCCAUCAAUUUACUGCUUUAUGUUGCUGACCUAGUCUACAGUGCCACAUUAGUGUUUGUCAGUGGCUGAGAA